AUGUGCCUAGGAUGGACAACUACUGGUUCUAUGAAUUAUGCACGAGAAUGGCAUACAGCAUCCGUAUUAACAAGUGGAAAAGUAUUAGUUGCUGGUGGAUUCUGUGCGGGUGGUGCUAAUUGUCUAAAUAGUUCUGAGUUGUAUGAUCCGUCAACAGGCAGUUGGACAAUUGUUAAUGGAAUGAACUAUGCACGAAAUAUGCACACAGCAUUAGUAUUAACAAGUGGACAAGUAUUAGUUACUGGCGGACUAAGUGAGAGUAGUCGUUUAACUAGUGCUGAGUUGUAUGAUCCAACAACUGGAAUUUGGACAAAUACCGGUCAUAUGAAGUAUGGACGGACCUGGCACACAGAAUCAAUAUUAAGCAAUGGAAAAGUAUUAGUUACCGGUGGAAUGAGUGAGAGUGGUAGUCUGAAAAGUAGUGAGUUGUAUAAUCCAUCAACAGGAACGUGGACAAGUACUGGUAGCCUGAACUAUCCACGAAAUGGGCACACAGCAUCCCUAUUAACAAAUGGGAAAGUAUUAAUUACUGGUGGACUCAGUGAUGAUGGUGGUCUCAAUAGCGCUGAGUUGUAUGAUCCAUCAACAGGAAUUUGGACAACUACCGGUAAGAUGAAUUAUGCUCGAAACCUGCACACUGCAUCCGUAUUAACAAAUGGAAAAGUCCUAGUUACUGGUGGGAUCAGUAAGAGUGGUCGUCUAAAUAAUAGUGAGUUGUAUGAUCCAUCAACCGGAACUUGGACAACUACUGGUAACAUGAACUCUCCGCGAGACUACCAUACAGCAUCCGUAUUAACUAAUGGAAAAGUGUUAGUUACUGGCGGAGAGAAUCUGUUUGGUAUUUUAAAUAGUGCUGAGUUGUAUGAUCCAUCAACAGAAACUUGGACGACUACCAGUACAAUGAAUGAUCCGCGAAAUCUGCACACUGCAUCCGUAUUAACAAAUGGAAAAGUGUUGAUUACUGGUGGAGAUAAUUAUAAGAUUUUGAACAGUGCAGAACUAUAUUUAUCAUUUUAA